GACCGUUCGGGAGACCCGUAUUUUCUUCUUUUUUCUCUUCUUUCUCAAAUGUUAACCGUCGCCUCGUAAAUCUCGUCGCGACGCUUAGUUGAUAAAUAACCGACGCCAGACGCAUGCGUCCUGAGCAUCGAUUAUUUUGAUUGGUACCAGAUAUUACCAGGCGCCAGUUGUGGCCGUCUGCCACGAAGCGAAGCGAAUGUCGAAUUUCUUUUAACCUCGAACGGAAUAUAAACGAUAACAAACGUGGCAUCCCGAUGCAGAAAUGCGAGAUGUAAUUUGUUCGAAACCGUACGUAGGCAACGAAACGUUCGGCAAGUGCCGCGGGUGAUCGCGUUUCUAUAAUUUCGAGAGAUCGAGAAUGCCGAUCAAAUUCGUGUUCGGUUUUCCAUUUCGAUUUGUCGCGGACGAGAUGAUCGCGAAAUUACACCGAAAGUGUCGAAAGUUUGCUCCAGUUGAUUAGUAUCUGUCGCGCGAGUUUUCUCGGAUCGUGUCGGAACAUUUCCGGCAGGAUAUUUUUUCCUCGUGGCUUUCGCGAUGUUUUUUCUUUUUAAUGAUCGAUGAGAUGAUCGAGGGAUAGCAUGGCCACCGUUAAACCGACCACCUGCAAAGAAGCUGUUCGCCGAUGGGAGGAGGAGAACCAAGAAGAAGCCUCCGCGGCGACGGAAGUUUGCCUGUCCUUCCAAUGGCCCCCCAUAGAAAAGAUGGAUAAUGCUCUGACGACGUUGGUGAACUGCGAGAAACUUUCCUUGUCGACGAACAUGGUCGAGAAGAUCGCAGGGAUCGGAACUCUGAAGAACCUGAGGAUCCUGUCGUUAGGUCGUAACAUAAUUAAAGGAUUUUCCGGCUUGGAGCCGUUGGGGGACACGUUGGAGGAGCUCUGGAUUUCUUACAACUUGAUCGAGAAGACGAAGGGGAUAAACGCCAUGAAGAAUCUUCGUGUGCUCUACAUGUCCAACAACCUGGUCAGAGAAUGGAACGAGUUCAACAGGCUCCAGGAGCUGGCCAACCUACAGGACCUUGUUUUCGUUGGUAAUCCGCUGUACGAAAGUGUUGAGAUGGAGCAGUGGAGGUCAGAGGUCGCUCGGCGCUUGCCAAUGCUAGAAAAAUUGGACGGCGAGCCAAUAAUACGAACAGAAGAAUGUUGCGAAUCGUACGAGCCGGACGCAAAAUGUGGAUAGUCCUUUGCAAUCGGAAAACCGCUUGCUUUGAUCAUCAAAACAUCAGUUUUAUAGAAAUUUUUGCUUUGUAUUCUGUAUCUUUUAUAUGGAGUUUCUUUUUGUAACAAUUUUUAGAUCGGGCAUGAACUUACACCGAAGUUAAUAUACAAAAUUAGUUCCAAAAUUAUUGUACCAGUGGAAAA